AUGAAAAAGACUGAAGUGGUUGCGGUUUCUGUGGAUCCAAAUUUUUCAGCUUAUCUUCACAAUGAUUUUCUUUCUGUUGUGCCUGGAAAAAAGGAUUCUGGUAUUAUGUUGCAGAGAAAUAAACGCCAAUUCUCAGGCAUGGAUGAAUCUUCUGCUAUAUCAGCUGCCAUCGAAGGCGUACAUGUGGUGAAUGGUUUGGAGUAUAAGAUGUCUUGCAGCUCAUCAAAGCCACGUGCCAAGCCAAUACUGUUGAGUGAAGGGGUUGUUCAGAUGUUAUCUAAAGUUCUUAAUACUUCACACAAGCUUAAUUGGUGCAUCCAUGUGUGUAGGUCAACUUCUCUACUAUCUGAUUCUAGGUGA